AUGUCAAUUACAGUAUUAGUAACUGGAGCUACCGGCUUUAUAGCUCAACACAUAGUUGUUGAAUUAUUGAAAAAUGGAUAUUUCGUAAUUGGUACUGUACGGUCUAAAGAAAAAGGCGAAAGAUUGCAGUCUCUAUUAGAUUCGGAAUCUUUUCAAUAUGAAGUAGUCACAGAUAUUCAGAAAGAGGAUGCUCUUGAUGAGGUCAUUAACAAACAUCCCCAAAUAUCAAUUGCACUUCACACUGCUUCACCUUUUCAUUUCAAGUCGAAUGACCCCGAGAAAGAUCUCCUCUUACCGGCUGUUAAUGGUACAAAAAAUGCUUUAAAGCUGUUUAAAAAGUCGAUUAAUAUUACAAGAGUUGUUGUUACGUCCUCAUAUGCGGCUAUAGCACCAGCAAAGAAGGAGAUUGACCAUUCAUUUACAAUUUCGGAACUGACUUGGAACGACGUUACUUGGGAAGAAGCUUUGACGAAUCCGAUUUCAGGAUAUAGGGGGUCAAAGACAUUUGCAGAACGAGCUGCAUGGGACUUCACUGCUGAAGAAAAACCUGAUUUUGUUCUUACGACGGUCAACCCAGGAUUUGUAUUUGGACCCCAAGCUUUUGAUAGUGAUGUUAGAGAGACUUUGAAUACAUCAUCAGAAGUCAUCAAUUCCGUAAUUAAACUCAAAGAAGGCGAUGAUAUCCCAGCUUUCAAAGGGUGCUUUGUUGAUGUUCGGGAUGUCGCACAGGCCCAUUUGGUUGCCUUUGAAAAGGAAAGUACUAAAAACAAGAGGUUGUUGAUGUCUGCCGGAAGAUUUUGUACUCAAGACAUAUUGGAUAUUCUCAGAAGUAAUUUUCCAUCAUUAAAGGCUAAACUUCCAGCAGGUGAGGUUGGAAGUGGCCCCUCUGUUACGGCCACUUUAGCAAAAAUUGACAAUUCUAAAACCAAGGAACUCUUGGGUUUCAAUCUAAUUCUGUUGGAAAAAUCCGUCAUCGAUUCACUGAGUCAAAUUCUUGAAGCCAAAAAGUAG